UCGGGCGGAAGAGGGAUCGGCACGAGACUGCAGUCAGUUCUCUUCAUCACUCUUGCGCGUAACGGCCAUCUUCCUUGUCCGCGACGACUGUUUUACAGAUAUGGCCGACUACUCCAGCGUGGCUCCGCCGUCAAACGCCGGUGGAGGGGUGAACGAUGCAUUCAAAGACGCCCUUCAGAGGGCUAGACAAAUAGCGGCAAAAAUAGGAGGUGACGGGGUUCCCCCAUCUUCAGGUACAAAUGAAUUUGGGUACGGAGGACAGAAGCGACCCCUUGAAGAUGCAGAUCAACCAGAAACGAAAAAAGUGCCACCAAGUGACCCUUUUUCUGCUGUCAUGGGAGGAAUGGGUGGACCACCAAGGUCCGUAUCUGAAGAUUUCAAGGUUCCAGAUGGCAUGGUUGGCUUCAUCAUUGGGAGGGGAGGAGAACAGAUAUCAAGAAUGCAGCAGGAUUCAGGCUGUAAAAUACAGAUUGCUCCAGACAGUGGUGGCAUGCCUGAUAGGUCAGUGACAUUAACAGGCUCACCUGAGGCCAUCCAAGCUGCAAAAAGGUUACUGCCUGAGAUUGUAGAUAAAGGCAGACCAUCUCCAGCAUUCCACCACAAUGAUGGACCAGGAAUGUCAGUUCAGGAGAUUAUGAUCCCUGCCUCCAAAGCAGGCCUGGUCAUCGGGAAGGGUGGAGAAACAAUCAAGCAGUUGCAGGAACGUGCUGGAGUAAAAAUGGUCAUGAUUCAAGAUGGACCCCAAAAUACAGGUGCAGAUAAACCACUCCGGAUCUCUGGAGAUCCUUUUAAAGUUCAGCAAGCUAAAGAUAUGGUGAUGGAUCUGAUCAGAGAUCAGGGUUUCCGUGAACAGAGGGGAGAGUAUGGUUCUAGAAUAAGUGGAGGAGAGAGUCUGGAUGUCCCUGUCCCAAGGUUUGCCGUUGGAAUUGUGAUUGGCAGGAGUGGUGAAAUGAUCAAAAAGAUACAGAAUGACACUGGUGUGAGGAUUCAGUUUAAACCAGAUGAUGGCACCACACCAGAGAGAAUCGCUCAGAUCAUGGGGCCUCCAGACCGGGCCCAGCACGCAGCAGACAUCAUAACUGACCUGUUAAGGAGUGUACAGCAAGGAGGGCCUCCUGGACCUGGAGGUAGAGGAAGAGGGCGUGGACAGGGAAACUGGAACAUGGGUCCCCCUGGAGGCCUGCAGGAAUUCAAUUUCACCGUCCCUACCAUGAAGACCGGCCUCAUUAUUGGCAAAGGGGGUGAAACCAUUAAAAGCAUUAGUCAGCAGUCAGGAGCCAGAAUAGAGCUCCAGAGAAACCCUCCACCUAAUGCAGACCCAAAUAUAAAGAUGUUUACAGUUCGUGGCACACCUCAACAGAUCGACUAUGCCAGGCAGCUGGUCGAGGAGAAGAUUGGAGGUCCCGUUAGCCCUAUGGGAGGCCCUCAUGGUCCUCCUGGGCCACAUGGAGGCCCUUCUCAUGGCCCACCUGGUCCACAGGGACCUCCUGCUCCCAUGGGACCCUACAACCCUGGACCGUAUGGUCAAGGACCUCCUGGACCACAUGGCCCUCCAGCACCAUACCAGCCUCAAGGCUGGGGCAAUGGAUACCCCCAAUGGCAACAAGGACAGCCAGAUCCCAAUAAAGCUGCGGCUGACGCUAACGCUGCCGCUUGGGCAGCCUAUUACUCUCAGUAUCAACAGCAGCCUCAGGGCCCCAUGACGCCCACCACAGCUGCCCCAGGCACAGCCCAAUCCAACGGACAAGGUGACCCGCAAGCUCCAGGUCAAAGUGGACAGGCAGAUUACACCAAGGCCUGGGAGGAAUAUUACAAGAAAUUGGGUCAAGGACAGCCUCAGCAGGACUACACCAAGGCAUGGGAAGAGUACUAUAAGAAACAAGGUCAAGCCGCUCCUCAGGCGGCUGCAACAGCGGCGACAACUCAGCCGGGAGGUCAGCCGGAUUACAGUGCAGCGUGGGCAGAGUACUACAGGCAGCAGGCGGCGUACUACGGCCCGGGAGCCCCUCAGUCUAUGGGAGCUGCACCCCAGGCUCAGCAGGUACACUCCCCCGAAAACUCCCACCGUCUCUCGCCCGUCUUCUUUUGAUAGAUGCGCAUGUCAUUUCCUCUUUGUUUUUGUGCACGUAACGUUUGCUUCCACAGGUUCAGGCAGCUUGCAGCGGAGUCGUCAUGUCAACCCUUAACCAAACUCUUUCCUCCUCAGACAUCUGUUUUCUUUUUUAUUUUUGUAGGGUGUUGCAUAAAUGUUUCUGCUCUUAACAUGUUGUGUAUUUCUUAUGUAUUUCUUCU